AGCGCUCUGAGUAACCUGCGAUGGCAACAUUGUGAAGAAGACAGGUGAUUGAGGUACUUUGUACCUCUCUUCUGUUUAGCGGCGUUUUGGACGAAAUAAAAGGCUCAAUCCUCUUUAAGGGUGACGAAGGUCAGUCCCAGCUGAUGCCCGGAUAAGCUUGAGCUGAGAGGAGAUAACCAGCAAGCAAGAAGCCAGCAUACAUGUGUUACUACACAGACUGCUGACUGAAUGCAGGAUGGCACAGUGGGGUGCCAUAUUCUCAAUUAUUCUGGCUCUUGCUGGAGCAGCCCUCUUGGCUUCUGUGCACAAGAUUGAUGAAGGUCACACUGGAGUUUACUACAGGGGCGGAGCUCUCUUGACUACCACUAGUGGACCUGGUUUCCAUCUUAUGCUUCCAUUCAUCACCACCUACAAGUCUGUUCAGACAACCCUGCAGACAGAUGAGGUGAAGAAUGUCCCUUGUGGCACGAGUGGAGGAGUGAUGAUCUACUUUGAUCGCAUAGAGGUGGUCAACUACCUUGUUCCCACAGCAGUGUUUGACAUUGUCAAGAACUUCACUGCAGACUACGACAAAGCUUUGAUAUUCAACAAGGUGCACCACGAACUCAACCAGUUCUGCAGUGUUCACUCUCUGCAGGAGGUCUACAUCGGCUUGUUUGACCAAAUUGACGAAAACCUGAAACUCACGUUGCAAGAAGAUCUAACAAGAAUGGCACCUGGACUUAUCAUACAGGCAGUGCGUGUCACAAAGCCCAACAUCCCAGAGAGCAUCCGCAGGAAUUAUGAGCUCAUGGAGAGUGAGAAGACAAAACUGCUGAUUUCCCAGCAAACACAGAAGGUUGUGGAGAAGGAGGCAGAGACAGAAAGGAUCAAAGCUGUGAUUGAGGCUGAAAAAGUGGCCCAGGUGGCAGAAAUCAAGUUUGGACAGAAAGUCAUGGAGAAGGAAACUGAAAAAAAGAUCUCUGAAAUUGAGGAUGGUGCUUACCUGGCUCGGCAGAAAGCCAAAGCAGAUGCGGAGUUCUACACUGCACAGAGAGCUGCAGAGGCCAACAAGAUGAAGUUAACUCCGGAAUACCUGCAGCUUAUGAAGUACAAGGCCAUUGCUGCCAACAGCAAAAUCUACUUUGGAAACGACAUACCCCAGAUGUUCAUGGACUCAGCCAGCACUUCUCUAAAGGCCUCUGCAGCCAUGGACCUUAUGGGCGAGCAGAUCUUGGAUGUGGAUUAGAAAAGAAGGUACUGGGAGGACCACAUGUGGUUGGGUGGUUGGUGGACUAAAUGUUGGAGAGCAGUGACUCAAAACUAUGGCAGGUAGCUCUGCUGACCAGAGACCCUAUUUUCUCAAGAACCUCAGAAUCACUGCUAGAAACCUGUUAACAAACCUCAGAAUAGAACCCUUUCAGGACCGGCUCUCCGCUUGGUUUGGUGGAAGAAGAAAAUGUUAAAUGGCAUCAGGCCAUGGGUGUCUGAGGUCAAGGGGGGAGACACCUGAUGUUUGAUUAUGCAUACACAUUAGGUGCACCAGCAUUUUAUUUUGCCACAAUGAACACAGCUAGCGUGGGACUGCUCAAGCACAAGCAAGUGUGCAUGCCUGCAAUAUGACAGCAUGCAAAUAGAGAUUAGUGCUUGAAUGGGGGAAAAAAAAAGUCAUUUUUAUGUUUACAUAAUUUUUUGUCAUGUCAUGUGGCUCUUAAAUGCCUAGGCCUACUAUACAUUAGUCAUUUUGUCAAAUUCCGUUCCAUUCCAAUAAAGAAAUAUUUAUAGUCCUUUAAUGAUUGCUUCAGGUUGAAACCUCUACAGCUAAAUACGUUUCACUUUACGUCGCUCCUUCACAACAAAUGUUCUCACUUGCUUUGCCUUUUUAAUGUUAUGAUAGAAUGACAGAUAUUAUGUUUUACGUAUGAGUCCAUGAUGAUGUCAAAUCAAAGGCCCAAGCACAGCUGCCCAUUCUUCCAGAUUCUGGGGCAGACUCCCGGAUAUUGUCCUUGUCUACCGACAUCCAGACUGAAGUUAAAACAUUUUCGGACUGUGAUGUUUUUGUGUCGAUUUAUAAUACUGUAGCUUUUGCCCAGACAGUGAAGAAUGACGAGGAAGUGGAGGAUCAACAAUCUAUUGAAAUGAACAGGUUACUUUCAGCUCGGGCUGCAAGAAACUAUUAUUUUGUAAGUCGAUUAAUCUGAAGCUUGUUGUUUCAAUUAACUGAGUAAUCGGUUAGGCCUUAGAUGGACCAAAUCGGUAUGAACCAAACACAGUUAGUGAUUUGGCCUGCAACAUAUCAGAAAAGAGGCAAAAAUGGCAAGUUUCCCAAAGUCAAAGCUGAUGUGUGUGAGUAUCACAAAGUAACACAAAGACAAUAGGUUUGCUUUCAUGGAUGAUUAAGAAAAUGAAAAAAAAUCUUGGCAUUUGAGAGACUGAAAUCAGAGGAUAUUUACCAUAAAUUCUGGACUAUGAGCCGCUAUGUUUUCCACAUGCUUUGAACCCUGCGGCUUAAACAAUGACUGCAAAUUUAUGGCUAAAAGAAGUACAGUUCCCAUGAUGCUGAGAGUGCAGAUUCAGAAUGUAGUGAAGUGGAUGCUAGUAUUACAUUUUGAAAUCUUAUGCAGGAAUCGUGUUUUGAUCUGACAAAUAGUAAGUUUGAUCAAGUGUAGAAUUACUGAAGUCCAAAAAGUGGACUGCUUACAGUACGUAAACUCCAAUGGGGAGGGGGAGAACGCGUCUCAUGUUUCACUUAUCGGUGCUAACAAGUGAUGCUGGGAACACCGAGUGUAGGUAACGAUUGCAAGGUUUACAGUGUGUCUUUCUGUGUAAAUAACCCAUCUUACAACAUAGACCCCUAUGGCUUAUAGACAAGCGGGUCAUAUAUUUGUACAACAUAUUUUUUCUCUUUAAAUUUGGUGGGUGCGGUUUAUAUUCAGGUGAGCUCAAUGGUGCGGAUUUCACGGUACAUUUUAAAAUUAAAAAAUGGUUAAUCUAAUCCCAAAAUAGUUGUCGAUGUUGCUGUUACAGCUCUACUAUCAGUGUUGCCUGUCCUCAGUCGUAUUCUAGCAGUUUGUAGCAUUUUACCGAUCACUUUGACUUUGCUGAAGACGGUUGCAGUCAGGUGAAUGUCAAAGAAAACAGACCACACCUUCAGAAUAUUUGGUAUAUGGUUCUCUGUUGAAGUCUGAUGACAUAAGUAGACUUGAACAAGUCGGCUAGGGAAUUUAGGAAGUGAAGCUCACGUGCUCUUAUCUGGGGUCAAUUUGACUGCCCUGCUUCAGGAAAUAGAUUAUUUUUACAUUUAUUUUUUUAUCACCCUCAACUUUUGUUUUUGUUCUUUUUUUUUUGUUUUGUUUUGGUUUGGUUUUUUAAACACCACAGUGUGUAUAUGUAGCACUUGGUGUGUAAACCGCAAAAGAUUAAGAUGCUUUACCUUUAAUCCAAAAGGCUUCUUCAAUUCAAACAAUUCCACUUUUGCAUGUUAUCAUGACCAGCAUAAUUGAGAAUCUGCACAGACUUGCUGUACAAACCUUAUUUUUGCAGCUAUUAAGGACCACUUUGAGAUGCUCACAGUUUGAGGUGACAGCCACCAUUUUUUUUUAUUUUGUGUACAUUUGAGACAGUUUUAGUUAGUUUUACAAAAUAUAUGGGCUACUCAGGAACUGUGCUUGAACUUCUGUUAUGGAUGCAUUAUUUGGUGCAGACAUGCGGGCUAUAUUAUUAGUGAUGUCUCAUAAUAUUCCGCUAUAUACUUAUUGUAUUUUCCAUUGUAAUGAUUUUAAAGCAUGAAUGUUAAAGUUUAUAAACUAUAAGAAGCUGA